GGUGCUUAUACGAUGGGACUGAUUCGGACAGAGCGUUACAUUUUCUACUUCGACAGUCAUUCUAGGAGUCAGCAAGGCCAUAUAUCUUUAGCUAAGUCCGCCAAAGCAGUAAUCCUUAGGCUCGAUCGUAACCACCCAGAAAGUAUUAAUCAUAUUAGAUCUAUUGUCAACAAAAAUUGCGUGGGAGGUCCUGAAUCCGCCAUCAUAACCAUUACUCCCCUCAAACUCACAAUAAUCGACCAAGGACCCGACAUAACACCGCCUCCAGCGAUUCCGGGACCGUCUGACCUCCCAGAAGAUCUGCCGCCAGAAACUGUGGUUUUUGGUGAAGAAGCUGCGGAAGACUGUUUGCUACACCCAGUGGACUACAUAGAGCCACAGCUGGAAAAAUUCAAUCUCAAUCGAACUGCAGCUCCACCCGUGAGAUUAACUUCUGAGAAUCACUUAGAAGAAAAAUGUUUCAUCACCUGCUUCCCACAUGGAAAAUUUGGAUUGGAUGAAAAGAGAGAUGAACGAUUUCGCAUCACCACGCAUGCAUACUUUCAGACAAGGGUAAUGUCGGGAGAUCCUCGGUUCCACCGCAUAGAUUAUCUCUUUUAUGCACUUUCAAGAUCUGAAGAGUCGAUUAUCCGAGCAAAAAUUAAUAUCUGUGGGAACAUGAAAUACCAGGAUUCUGAAAAUGAUAACGCUCCUGCAGCUGAAAAUUUACAUCUAUACAUGAGCGCAAUUCGUGGCUCCAGAUCUUAUUGGAAGAGGUAUACGGGGGACAUAAUGGCAAUGAUUAUGAGGCUUGGUCCGCCAAUAUUUUUUCUAACGGUUUCCUACGACGACAUGGGCUCAGCUGAUGUGCUCAAUGCAAUGUGGAAGGCCGGUCAUCCCAAAGACGACCCUCCUCCGGACAAUAUUCAAGAUAUGCCAUUCGACUUUCGUCGGGAGUUAUUAAACUCAAAUCCUGUCGCCGCCGCCCGCCAUUUCAAUCUCAGGACAAAUGAAUUAAUAAAAUUACUGAACCAGGAUCAAACGAUAUUUGGAAAGCCAGUAGUGGACUAUACAUUCCGGGUAGAGUUCCAAGACCGAGGUAGUCCACACCUUCAUUCACUUAUAUGGAUUCAGGAUGCACCGAACCUUUCCACACCUGAAGGAAUAAACUUUAUCGACCGCAACGUGUCGUGCCGACUUCUAGGUAGUGGAAUGGAGGAUAUUGUACGGCGAUAUCAGUCGCCGACAUAGAUACGACCAAGAUACAAGAUACGACCACGUGCUUUAAGAAAGGUUCCACGUGUCGGUUUGGGUUUCCACGACCUCUUGCAUCUGAAACCACUCUGGAAGAAACCAACAAUGGUCAUGGAGUAAUCCUAAGGCGUUGUCAAGGGGAAGAGCGGGUGAACAACUACCAUCCGACACUGCUGAAGAUUCUUCGAUGCAACAUGGAUAUACAGAUUGUAACAGGCGUUGCCGCUGUCGCCCUUUAUAUAGCAAAGUAUAUCGGGAAAAAUGAACCUGAAACCCUCCGUGAUGACAUUCGACACACCCUUCAGACUCUCCGUGAAAGUCGACAACCAAUACGGGUACAAAUGGAGAAGGUAUGGAUUUCGUUACUUAGUUUUCCAAAAAAUUUUAAGAGGUACUAUUCAUCAUUCAUAUUUUCAUAUAGGUCUCUCGGCUUUUAUUAAGUCGCAGGACAGUAGGAUCCCAAGAAGCUGCCUAUCGUAUGGCAAAUCUUCCUAUGAGACAUACGUCACGUGCAUUUGUAUACAUCCCGACCUAUCUACCUGGUGAUCGCAUCAGAUUGUUGAAGAAAAAUGCAUAUCUAGAAAGGGAUGAGGUACAAUUUGCAAGGUAUGUACAGUAAAAUUGCAUGAAAAAAAUGUAUAAAUAAAACAGGAAAUUUAAGUUGCCUAUUUUAAUUCUAGUAAUAUAAUUGACAAAUAUUGCAAUCGUCCUGAAGAUCUACGAAAUAUAUGUUUAUUCGAAUUCGCCUCCAAGUAUCAGCCCGUACGAAAUUAUCAACAGGUAGAUGAUGAUUUUGAUGAAGGAGAGGAACAAGAACACCAACUACUACAUGCCAAUCGAUUGAUGCCACGAUCUUUCUACCUUAAGGAUAGGUCUAUGGGACUCUGGAGAGAAAGAGCAAAGUACGCCGUAAUCAAGAGCCCACCAUUUCAUAGUGACUCCGACGCGGAAAACUUUAUCUACAGCCAUCUACUACUGUACGUUCCAUUCAUUGAGGAGAAUUUCACGGCGGACGGGGAAUCUGUUACAGAUGCAUUUGAGAAGAAUAAGGCCAAUAUUAGGACAACUUUGGACUUCCCUUUAAUACGUCCUGAUAUAGAGAAAGAUCUUGAAGCAGUAGCUCUUCAUCUAGCUGAUCUUAAUCAGGACCCCCAAGAAACGCUUGCAAUCCAUGAGGUCGAGGAGUAUCAAUACCUUCCUGACGUCUAUGACGGAAGUAAUGUGCUUCCAGCUCAAGAAGAAUAUAGGAUUGUACUUCUGAAUGAAGCCUGCUUCAUGGCUGAGAAGCUAAAAAUGAACCAAGACCAAAAAUUCAUAUACGACAUGAUUGAAGGACAUUUAUGCGAUCCUAGCAGAGGUCAACUACAACUUUUCAUUUCUGGAGCUGGUGGAACAGGAAAGUCGUUCCUAAUUUCCUUGAUGACGAACCUCAUCUGUGCGAAGGAAGAUGGACCAGGCCCAGCAGGUGUACUUUUGGCCGCCCCAACUGGAGUGGCAGCUUUAAAUAUAAAUGGACAAACCCUUCAUCGCACUUUCCAACUUGCUGUAGAAUCUGGUUCUGUUCCACGUUACGCUCCUCUUGGCGCAAUAAUGCUGCAGAGAAUGCGAGAUAAAUUUCGGGAUGUUGAGUGGAUCAUCAUGGAUGAAGUAUCAAUGAUAUCUUAUGAGUUAUUCCGUCAAGUAAGCCAACGUUUGGGAGAAUGUUUCGACAACACGCUGCCAUUUGGAGGGAAAAAUGUUAUUGUCGUGGGAGAUCUAUUCCAGUUGGAGCCUGUUAAUGGGCACUGCAUCUAUGAUCAGCCACGACAGUUAGGAGCGGAAGAAAACCUUUGGAAGAAUUUCGCUUUUAAAGAACUUACGGUCAACAUGCGACAGGGUCAAGAUCCACUCUUACAUAUCUGUAACAACCUACGAGAAGGAAACAUCACCACUACUGAUCUCCAUGAGUUGCGGAUGCGAGAGUUUAGUGAAGAUACUUCGAGCACCGCUAUGAAAGAUAAAUUCAAAGAUGCUAUUAGAAUAUUUCCUACAAGAAAUCAGGCAUCUAUUUACAACCGACUCAAGACCAGGACUUUUCGUAGUGACCCUCACAUAAAAGUCUAUACUAUCAAAGCGAGGGAUAGUUUCUUUUCUGGAACCAAAGCUGGAUCCCGUGCUCCGUUGGCAUAUAGCCACAGAGACAGCAAUAAAUGUGGUGGCUUCGUAAGUUCCAUUGACUUAGCAGUUGGAUCAAGAAUUAUGGUAAUCCGGAAUUCGCCGACAAACCGUUAUUUAGUCAAUGGCUCAAUGGGAACGGUCGUCGGGUUCAAGUGGGAAGAACUUGCAAGGGAACAACAUCAUCACGGCGAUCUCCCUUCAAGUGUAUUGGUGAAAUUUGACGAUUGGCGCAUUGCUGGGACUCGGGAAGGUGUCUAUGAGUUAAAACCUACAGAUGUGACAUACACAGGGAAAGCAAAGGAAGAAAUUCAAAGAUGGAUGCUACCUAUUGUCCUUUGCUGGGCAGUGACAGUGCACAAGGUACAGGGAAUCACCGUAGAUAAAGCAGUGAUCUAUUUGGGAGCCGAGAUUUUUGCCCAUGGGCAAGCCUACGUUGCCUUAAGUCGCGUCAGGACACUGGAUGGAGUCGCUAUAUUGGAACAGGACGACAACAAAUUAACUGCGAAACCACCCGACAAACUUAUAGCGGAGAUGGCUCGGCUGCGCGCCUUAUAGAUAUAUAUAGAGUAUCAAAAUAUUGUCAUGAUUUGUAAU